GUUGGCAAUUUGGCAUCUAAAGGGAGCGAAAACAGCCAAAUCACAGAAAAAUCUGUCCUACUUUUCGAAAAAAGCUUGCUUACUGCGCGUGACAACAUUUUAAACUCGUGCAAAAUGCCCUCAAUGAAAGUGGAAGGUGACAGUGAUGGGGAUGGUGAUUUGUCUGGUGGUGAAACCGAGAGGUCCGGUGGAUCCUCCAGGGGUCCCGAUAGGGACUCCAGUGCUGAAGAGGCAGACGAGCCAGACUCCGAUGACUCCUCCGAGAUGGAUGAGAGCGAGUGCGAGCGCCGGAGAAACGAGUGCCUGGACAAUUUAGCAAACCUCGAGCGGCAGUUCACCGUGCUACGAGAGCAGUUGUACUCGGAGCGCAUGAAACAUGUAGAGUACCAGCUCACCGAGGUCAGGGGCGGGCGUUCACAGGAGUACCUCGGGCCUCUGCGGCGUCUGCAGGACAAUAUGAGAGUCAGGAUCGAGGUAGCGGGCAUCCUGAAGCAGAUGCGCAUAGAGAACAUCAAACACAAGUACGAGGCAGAGGAGCAGGCGGCACAGCAAAAUUUUAAGAGCGAAAAAUGGCUGAGCUACGAGUCGCUGAAAGAGGAGAUCCUCGAGAAAAUCCGUCGGCUGGAGGAAGAACGCCACACCGUAGACCUCUGGUCCACGGGACCCGAGUGGGGUCGCAAGCGGCGACGGCGCCAAGUCGCCGUGUCACCACCCUACGUGGUCUACAUGCUCCCCGACGCGGACAUCAUGGAAGACUGGCGACAAAUCAGAAAGCUGCUCGAGAGAGACUAGAACGACGUGGCUAGCACACCUGCCCGCGCGCGACCGCGCCACGCUCCUCGAGCGGUGAGAAGGAAGUGAUCGCGGUUAGUUGUGCUAGCCCUAUAGGAUAAUAGAAUCGUCUUGGAAGUCCAUAC